AGGGAGAGGGGAAGGGUGAGUACUGCUGAAUGCCUGUCCACCACAGAUAGUGGAUGUCAAUCUGACUAGUGAGGGGAAAGUAAAGUUGGAGGCAGGCAUGGAGUUACCUUUCUCCUAUCAGGUGACGUGGAGAGCAUCAAACAUUCAGUUCACCCACAGGUUUGAGAAGUAUCUGGACCCUAACUUCUUCCAGCAUAGAAUUCACUGGUUCUCCAUCUUCAACUCCUUCAUGAUGGUCAUCUUCCUGGUGGGUCUGGUGAGUAUGAUUCUCAUGAGGACUCUGAGGAAGGACUACGCCAGUAUGGUCGGCACUGGGCACCAGUUGGCCACUGUGGCUCUCGGCUGCAUCCUGAUUGCUCUGGUGGAGCACCUCUACACUGAACGAGGCACCUUGCUGAGCACUGCCAUUUUCAUGUAUGCUGCAACUUCUCCCAUCAACGGCUAUUUUGGAGGAGCUCUCUACUCUAAAAUGGGAGGGAAGGCAUGGAUCAAGCAGAUGGUGUGUGGAGCAGCCCUUUUCCCAGCUCUCAUCUGUGGGACAGCCUUCCUCAUCAACUUCGUCGCCAUUUACUACCACGCCUCCCGCGCCAUCCCCAUCCUUACCAUGCUUGCGGUGGCUGGGAUCUGUCUAUUUGUCAUUCUCCCUCUCAACCUCGUCGGAACCAUUCUGGGCCGCAACAUUUCAGGCACACCUGACAACCCCUGCAGAGUCAAUACAGUCCCCAGACCUAUUCCUGAGAAGAAAUGGUUCAUGGAGCCAUGGGCUAUCGUGAUGUUGGGAGGUGUUCUGCCAUUUGGAUCCAUCUUCAUAGAAGUGUACUUCAUCUUCACUUCGUUCUGGCAGUACAAGAUCUACUAUGUGUUUGGGUUCAUGUUACUGGUGUAUAUCAUCAUGCUAGUGGUCACUGUCUGUGUCACUAUAGUCUGUACCUACUUUCUGCUCAACUCUGAGGACUACCGCUGGCAGUGGACCAGUUUCUGUGCUGGAGGCUCUAUUUCAGUAUAUGUCUAUCUCUAUUCUCUCUACUACUUCAUCUUCAAGACAAAGAUGUUUGGUCUCUUUCAGACUGUGUUUUACUUCAGCUACAUGGCUCUCGGGAGCAUAGCUCUGGGCCUGCUGUGUGUACAGCAGAAGUUGGAGAGUGGGUGUGAAGACAUCAGGGAAAGUGACAGCUUCUUUCCAGAGUUACUGGCACGUUUCUCCUCACAGUCAGUGCGUGAUGAGGUCCAGGCACUCAUUACUGCUACUGAGUCAUUCAGAGAGCUGUUGCCUACUACUGUUGACUGCAUUGUGAGUUUAUCAGAUGAAGAUAUAAGCAACCUGUUCGUCUUGUUCAGGCAAAUCCCAAUGCCAUCUUCUGCCCACACUUUCUCCAAACCUGCACCGUCUGAGACUGAUUCAGUCUACUGCCGACUGUUGUCAAGGAUAGGAUUCACUAAUUGGAGGGGCCACCUCAUGUACGAGGUGCAGACAGGAUUCUGUGGACUGGACAUAAUCACACUCACCAUUGUUGCCAUUCUGUCUGUCAGUACUUCCAGUCACCACAACCACUGAUCAUCAGUUUAUCUUGAUCUUUGCGCAUUCACACACAAUUCGCAAUGUAAUAUCCUCUUCA